AUGAUAAAUAGAAAAACAAACACUAACGAUGCUAAUUAUAACCCUUUCAUUAGCUCUAAAAUGGCGGAACAAAAUAUAUCUGUAAGCACAAUUGCUCGUUUAUUCAAAGAGGUUUCAUUCCAGGAUGACAAGACUCGAAUUGCGACCAAAGCUUUAGAGCUAUCUGCCGAGUAUAUUCGACUAUUCACGAGAGAAGCCAUAUUGAGAUCAAACGAAGAGAGAUUGAAAGAAGAUUCCUUAUUGAAGGUUGAUGGAAUAGACAAUGUAGAAAGACAACGUAGGAUCGAAAGCAAACACGAAGGAAUUGAAGCUACGGUGGCAGACACAACCAUGCAAAUGGAAGCGGAGGAUGAGGAUGAAGUGCCCACCACUGAUCUCUCCAGUGACAUUGACAUACCAGAUGAUUAUGCUACACAGAAAGGAAACGCGUAUAAUGACAAUGUAGAUUUGGAUAAUGAUGUUUUAGAUGCAAGGCAUUUAGGCAAGAUCGCCGGAAUAUUAAUAUUGGACUUCUGA